AUGGAUUUGACCUCUGACGUCAGGCGCACUCGUCGGGCCUGCAAACGGACAAAAUCAGGAUGCUUGCCCUGCAGGAGACGACGCAAGAAAUGCGACGAGAUCAAGCCAGAAUGCUCAGGGUGUCUCCGGAACCAGCUCAUCUGCGCGUGGCCAUCCCGCGACCCCGCAACCCCGGCCAUCCAGAGCGUUGCCAGCAUGACAGAACGAAAUCUCUCAUCGAUGCCCCAUAUUCAAACUCAGAUUAGACAGUCUACAAGCGAUACGACCGAUGUCUUGGCAGCGCCGCUCUCCUCCCUUCCUCCUGCAUUCCGUGGCGUCGAGGCCGCGUCAUUACUCGAUUCCUUCACCGAGUUGACUGCGCCUCGAAUGGUUGGCAAAGGAGACAUUGAGAAUCCAUUCAUCACGUAUAAUAUCCGCGUGUCAAUGCAUAGUACCGCUCUACAGCACGCUAUCCUGGCAGUCAGUUCGUGCCACCGUGCCUACUCGGAGCCGGCCUUCUCUCUCUCUUCUCGUGAUCACUACGCGGUGGCCUUGCGGAGCCUCAAAGUGGGUAUCACCAAAUGGAAUACUUGCAGCGUACAAGACCGGAUCGCCCUCUCGGCAUCUUGCCUGACCCUCUGUUGGUACGAGGUGAUUGAUGCCGACAUCCGGGGCUCAUUAUACUACCACCUGCGGGCCAGUGGGUCGAUGAUUAGUGACCUGCGCAAAGAUGAAAGAUGCCGUGAUGAGAACUUCCUAGGCUUCUUUUCUGAGCAAUUCUCUUAUCUCGCUAUCGUCGCCAACAUUGGUAUUGGCCAAGCCUCCUCAGAUCGCCUGCUCGACCCACGAUCUCUAUCCCAGCCACUGCACACCCUUAACCAGGACAGUCCGAUAUAUGGGUUCAUGUUCGGGUGCUCGCAUGCCUUGUUCGAACUGAUCCCCCGCAUUGCGCGUCUCUCAAGUAGGUUCAGAGCUCGGAGGGAUAGCUCAAGUGUCGUCCAAAAGGAAUAUGACUCCAUCUUUUCGGCCAUCAACAGCUGGUUACCGAACAGCCCAAGCGAUGACCCAGGAUACGAACUGGCAGGCGAAAUGUACCGAGCUGCAUGCCUCGUUUUCCUACGUACCUCGAUGAAAGGGCAUGAGUAUCUGGAAGUUGAACUGUACAACCAGGUCGAGCCCAGCAUCGCUCUUUUUCUGGAAAGUUUUAAGCAGCUGUCUGGUGAAUCACCACCCUGGACUACAUUCAUGUGGCCAACGCUCGUAGUUGGGUCCUGCAUGAGGGAAGAAUCACAGCGAGAGACUCUGCUGCAGCUUUUGGGCAACUCGAAUCUGCGGAUGCAAACAGUGGAUAGUACCGCUCAUUGGUUAUCUCUUCACUGGGAAAAGGUGGAUAAGGAUGUACACUUGUAUGGUAUUGAUGGGCUUGAGAAGACGAUGAAGGAACAAGGGCUCGACCCUUGUGUAGGAUAG